CUUGUCGCUUGCCGUGAACGUAUUCCUGUCGCAGUUUCUUCAUCACAACCUUUGCUUUCUAUUCACCAUAAGCUCGGAAUUAGCUCACAUCAAGCUUCAAAAACUCAGUCAAUCAUCUCGAAUACUCCUGAAAUGACUCGUUGCAUCCGUGAUCCCGUCGAACAUGAACGGGACCAUCACGAGGCUCCUGGUGAGGACAACAUGGAUGUCUCUGAGGAUGAAGAGGCAUCACCUCGAGCUGCAGCAAAAGAUAAUAUCUUAUUUAGUGCUGGAAUUUCUGUGGGUCGGGGACACGUGACUUCAUCCUUGCCAGCAAGCCAAACUCUUUUUUCUGCUCCCUUACAGCUUUCGUCUCCUAUUACUUCUCUGCACCUUCCUCUUUCCGUUUCUGCUACUCAACGUCAUGCACGAACUUAUGAGCUACCAGCAAGCUCUAAUCUCAUAGACGUUGAUCCUAUUGCCACUACAAGAAGCUUACGUAAUUCUUCUUUAUCGCCGACAACAGGGCAAAUGACGGAGACGACUAAAGAGGUCGAUGAAGAUGAAAGAGUAUCUGCUGUUUCCUGUGGUGGAGUUGACCGUGAUUGGCGCCAAUGCAUACAACCUUGGGCCUUUAAUAAACGACAUCUUCCUGGAUCUGGCCUCUCCACUCCCCUCUUUUCAUCAACAUCUCGACUGCCUGGCCAACUCCCUCCACCUGUACCAUCUCAACUGGCCCCGCCAGAUACUGCAUCUUUCCUUCCCUCUUCCUGGCCUCCACUUCCACCACUCCCUCCGCCCCCACCGCCGCCGAUAACACCUUCGGUUUCUGUUUCUUUGCUUCAUUCUCAGCCCCACUCUGCUCCUUCAUUACCUCCUUCGCCUAUGGUUCCUCUCUCUGUUGCCUCCAUAUCCCUAUCUCGACCGAAUGACCCUCGUCUCUUCAGCCAUGUAAAUACUCUAGACGUUAAGCCUACUACAACCUCUACAUCCUUUCUCAAGCUUCCACCUCCUCCUCUUCCACCAGCCAGCGCAGCCUCCAUGCCGCCUUCGUUACUCCCUUCGACCCUUAUUUCUGCCUCCCCACAUCUCGCAUUGCCUGGGCACCUGACUACACCCACUAGGCUACCAUCCCCACCCCCCCUCCGCUUACCAACGCCACCACCACCACCACCACCUUCACUAUCUCAAUUGUUGCUAAGAUCCGGAGUCACCUCUACCGGAUCGAAUGGGCGCAUUAAUCAAGUAUCACCAGUCUCGACGGCUAAUUUUUCUACGGUUGAUGGCAAGACUGCCCCAGACGAUAAAAAAUUACCACCAGUAACUAUCGCGCCUGAACUGCAUUCGCUUUUGAGACAAUUACCUGCCCUUUCACAGUUGGGGGACAAAUCAGUUCUGAGCAUGCACAGUGCUGGUCUGACUGAAUCUGCUCCUACCAAUUACGAAAUCACUUCUGAGUCCUCUAUUCAGGGGAUUUGCGGAACCACCAAAAGCGAUACUGGCUCUGGGUCCGUCUUCACUCAUACAGCUGCUGGAGCUCCGGCAAGGUCAUUCAUACCGGACGAUCCUUUUGCCAUAAUAUCGCGACUUACCGGUCUCUCAAGUCUCAUUCAGGGGUGA